CAUUGACAGCUGACCGUGAUGUUUCUUUAACAACAAACGAAAUUAAUAAAAACACUUUUGUCUAAACAAACGUGCGGUAUUUAUAAAAAAAAAAACAAAUUAUUUUACAAAACAUAUAUUUAUACUAAAACUAUCAAAGAGUCUAGUUUUUAUAUAAAUAAUGGCAUUUUAUAAGGGUGCAGCUAGUGAAGCUGGGCGUGCUGCUCAACUAAUGAAAAAGCGUGAAAUCGCAGCACAAGAAGUGGAGUUUCGUAAAAAGAAAAUUGAGGAGGAACUAAAGCUAGAUAAGAUUGAAAAUAAAUUCGCUACACAUUAUGAUGCAGUGGAACAGCAACUUAAAUCAUCAACCAUUGGUUUGGUUACGUUGGACGAAAUGAAAGCCAAGCAAGAAGAUAUAGUACGUGAACGUGAAAAGAAAUUGGCUCAAAAGAAGGAUGAAAAGGAACGUGAAAAGCAAAAAGCACUUGAAGCAAUACAAGCUGAAAAAACUAAACAAAAAAGACAGAUUCAGGCAUUAUCUUUUAAUUUUAAUGAGGACGAGGGAGAUGCUGAUGAUAAUGACAAAUCUGAUGAUGAUAAUGAAAUCGUUGUAAAAAACGCCGAAGUACCAAAAAAGAACAAAUGGACUGAUAUCAGUGAGGAACCUGUACCAAAAAAAAAAAUAUUUAAAAAUCCAGAAGUAGAUACAUCCUUCCUACCAGAUCGUAAGCGAGAAGAACAAGAAAAUCGUUUACGUGAACAACUUCGUCAAGAAUGGGUGAUGCAGCAAGCCACACUCAAAGAUCAAGAAAUAACAAUAACAUUCAGUUAUUGGGAUGGCUCAGGUCAUAGGCGUAGUGUUAUCAUGAAAAAAGGUAAUACAAUUUAUCAAUUUUUACAGCGAUGCUUAGAGUUGUUGCGUAAGGAAUUCAAUGAACUAAAGACCGUAAUGGCAGAUCAAUUGAUGUACGUUAAAGAAGAUUUAAUAUUACCACACCACUAUUCCUUUUAUGAUUUUAUUGUUACAAAAGCCCGCGGCAAAAGUGGUCCACUUUUUCAAUUUGAUGUCCAUGAAGAUGUGCGUAUGGUUAGUGACGCCUCUGUUGAAAAGGAAGAGUCACAUGCUGGCAAAGUGCUACUACGGUCUUGGUAUGAGCGUAAUAAGCACAUAUUUCCUGCAAGUCGAUGGGAGCCAUAUGAACCAGGGAAAUCUUAUGACAAGUACACUAUUAAGGAUAAGAAAAAGGUAUAACUAUAUAAGAUGAAUAUUAUGAAAUUUAAAAAUAUUUGAAUAAAAACUUAGUACAUAAAUGAAAUUGUUAUA